AAUGAUGCAACAAAACAAACUCAAAACACCAACAGUGCACAACUACAAACGCACUAUCGUUUCGAAAUUUUGACAGCUCAUCUUUUCGGUGGCAGUCGCGUAAAAUUCAUCACUCUUUCCUAACAGUAGAAGUUGGUAAAAUUCUACGUCAUACAGCAGACAGUGCAACAAGAAGAUUUUGGUUUGUUUACCAUCAAUAGUCGAAAAACAAUAUUUUCGAUAGUCCUUACUCCUCAGACUAAGUGGGUGGAGAAAAGCGAACGAAGAAACUAGAACAAAUCUAGCGGAACAUGAUAGCUGAUAGUAGUGCUGAUCCUGCUGCUCUGAGGCACCUCUCCCUGGAUGGGCAGAGUAACGGAAGUGGUUCCGACAGCGAGGACUGUAAAAUUUUGAAAUGGAAUCUACCACUGAAGGAACUUUACAAGAUGGCAUGCAGUUUUUACAAAGAAAAAUCGGGUAAAGCUAUUCACUUGAGCUAUGAGGAUAACCUGAAGUUAGUUGCGUUCACGCAACAAGCAGCUCAUGGCCCUUUGGAUUUAGAAAAAGCACCGCAACUUGGCAUGUUCGAUGUGAUAGGAAAAGACAGACGAAUGGCAUGGCAACAUCUGGGCACUAUCACGAAACUACAGGCAAUGGAAGGUUUCAUAGAUUUGCUGGACCGAUUAUGUCCGUUGUUCAAACCAUUUGUCGAGGCCAUUAAAAAAGAUCGUGAAGAAAAAGUUCGCCAGGCUCAGAUCGAUGAGGCACGAAAACGUGAGCUGCUUGAAAAGGAAAAGGAAAAAUUGGCCGAACUCAAGCGAAUCGAAGACGAGAAAAACCGAGAGGAAAUCCAACGUAGACAGCUACAGGAUGCAUUGAACCAGCAGACCUACCAUCAGUUCAAGGAAUACGCUGAGAAACAGUUUCCCGGAAAUCCAGAACAACAAGCAGUGUUGAUUCGGCAGCUGCAAAAUGAGCACUACCAUCAGUAUAUGCAGCAGUUGCAGGCGCAGGUCGCUAGUAAUUAUUCGCAGAUGAAGACUUCUUUAGUAGAAAACAACCAAACUGCAACCGAUAAUAAUCUGGAAGAUACGAAUGAUGGUCAAUUGGAGUACCAAGAGCAGGAAGCCAGUGCCAAAGAAUGCAGCCAAACGGAAUUCAAGGAGCAGUGCGAAAGUGACGACGAAUCCGGAGAAUAUGCGAUCAUAUGCCCAGCAAACAUGUGGACGAAACCGGAUAUCAAACUGUUCAAGCAGGAAGUUACGUCCGGAAAAGGUGAUGGUGUGAUUCGCGUCAGCCACGGAGAUACUGUUACGGUAAGAGUUCCCACUCACGAGGGAGGGUCCUGCCUGUUUUGGGAAUUCGCCACGGACAGCUAUGACAUUGGUUUCGGGGUAUAUUUUGAAUGGGGAAAGCCAACAUCGACCGAAGUUUCGGUGCACAUAAGCGAGAGUGAUGAGGACGACGACACGCUGGAUGACGAUGAAGUCUGCGUGGAAGAUUUGGAGAGCGGAGGUCAGCAACAGUCGAAGCCUCAGUAUACCAGCAGCAGUUCGCUCGUCAAUAGGAAUCCGAUAUCCAUCAUCGUGCCUAUCUAUAGGCGCGAAUGUCAAACCGAGGUGUACGCUGGUUCGCACAGCUACCCUGGCGAGGGAACUUAUCUACUAAAAUUUGACAACAGCUACAGCUUGUGGCGUUCGAAAACGCUCUACUACAAAGUGUUCUACACACGAUAAUCUACAUUAGAGAUACUGUAGAACGUUCCUUUUUUUCCGAAUGAAAAUGAUGAAGUAACAAUACAAAAUCUAAAAUAUUGUUCAUUAUUUGUGUAUGAACAGACUUUAAAUAUAUUUAUGUUGAAAAUGUCAAUCAAUUUGAAAGCACACAAUUUUUGAGCUCAAUAAAAAGAGUCUAGCAAAUUUUUGUCUGUCAAACGAGCAACUGUUGAUUAGUUCAAUAUACCUAGCAUGGAUUAUAGAAAACCAUAUCUAGCUACACAGAUCAUCUACUCAGAAAAACAGUUAAUUUUUUCUAAAUAAAAUUUGCACUAAAUGUGGAGAAAUCAGAGAAGUGACAACCGAUCUUUUGUCGGUAUUUCAUUUGUUUUUUUUUUCAAAUCUUAAAAAAACUAACAGAAAAUGUUUGUUUAUUCAGACAAAAAAUGGCAAAGAAGCAUUUGACUAGUAUAAGCGUAGAGCAUGAAGAAGCGAUAGAUUACGAAAUAAUUGUUAGUGUUCUAUUUAUCCGUAAACGGACUUCGAGGGAAAAUAAAUAAAGACCAUCCGUUUCAAUGUA